GAGUACCGAAAAUACAUUAAUACAAUGUCUAAAAACGUAGCCACAAGGAACCUAAAGCCUGAUUCAGUUCCAGUUACUCUUUUCGCUUAAAACCAAACCCUCGAAUCGAAAGAAGAAAGAAACACAGUCGCAAACUCUCUUUUUCGCUCUAAACUCUCGCACUUUUCUUCUUCCUUACCCCCAAACCCCUACAAAACCCAGUUCAUCACAUUCAUCAAAUGGUUUCUUAUGAAGUAACUGACUCACAAACGGAGUCAUUUCCUCUGUCAAAUCAAGAGCCGCCGUCUGCGGCUCCGCCGCCGCCGGAAUUAGUCGCUUUAAAGUCUGAGGGUAAUACCGAGUCAUUUCAUCCGUCAAAUCAACAGCCCCCGCAGACGGAAUUGGUCGCUGUAAAAUCCGAGGAUACAACGGUAGCAGGAAGUGGUAAUAAUAGCAGCAACAACAACAACAACGGCGGAGACGCGGUGGCGGCGGUUGUGCUGAAAUGGCCGGGCUGGCCUGGAGACAACGUGUUUCGGCUAGUAGUGCCAGUUCUGAAAGUCGGUAGUAUAAUUGGACGUAAAGGUGAGCUUGUGAAGAAGAUGUGUGAAGAGACUCGCGCUCGUAUUCGCGUCCUCGAAGGCCCUCUCGGCAAUGCCGAUCGCAUAGUCCUAAUAUCUGGAAGAGAAGAUCCAGUCACACAAGUAUCACCUGCAAUGGAUGCCGCUCUAAGAGUAUUCAAGCGUGUUGCUGGACUAAGCGAUGGCGAUCCAGGAGCAGUAGCUGCUGGUGCAGCAUUUUGUUCUUUAAGGUUACUGGUGGCGUCAUCGCAAGCCAUUCACUUGAUUGGGAAGCAAGGUUCUACAAUCAAAUCAAUCCAGGAAAGAUCUGGUGCCUCCCUGCGAGUGCUAUCUGAAGGUGAGCUGUUUGUCUUUACUGAUUUGUUUGCCUUUUCAUCUGAGUGUCUCGUUCACAGCAGAAUUUUCAUGAUACUUUGUGUCAAAUGA